AAAAAAUAUAAAUGUUUUCAAAUACAAAUUCGCAAUACUAAAAUCCUUAGACUUCUUAUUACAAUAGUCAUAAUCAAACAGUCCCUAUAAGUAAGUAUAAUAAUAAAAGAAUAGUAAAUUAAUCAUAGAUAGGGAAACCCGUGUAUCAACCUUAAUAGCCAGAGCUAUUGGAAACUGAAAUGAAAAUAUUUAGAGGAUAAAAUCAAGUAUAAGAAUUAUAAGUAGCAAAUCCUUAACCAAUAAAAUAAGCAUCUUCUUAGAUUGUUAUAUAAAAUUAGUAUUAACAAUAAUAAGUGAAAUAAAAUUCGAAAGUGUCAUACGUAAUAUAAAGAAUUGAAUAAAUUAGUUGAUAGAUUGGAUAAUGUAUUUUUUACCAAUAGCAUUCUUGAUAUUAAUUUUGAUUGUUAUGUCAUGCAUGGUUGGUGCAAAGAUUAAACAUUUUAAUCCUGAAGGAGCUCACAAUACAUUAAAAACUUUAAAAGAAAAUUUAGAAAUGGAUCCAAUAGAAGAUAUUAUAGAAGCAAAUGAAGUAACACCAGAAGUGACAAUGAUUGAAUAUUUUAGACAUAGGAAUAUUAGAUGUCCAAAUGGUUAUGAAUUAGCAGAUAUAGGAUAAUGGGAUGGUAUUAAAUCUGGUUGUUUAUGUGAAAAUGGAGAGACAAGUCAUGCUGCUACUUGUUUUUAUAAGUCAUCGUGUUAAAGAGUUAGAUCUCAUGAUUCUGUAAAUCUAAAUAUUUGGUAAUCUAAAAGUUUUUGUAUUAAAAAAUAUCAAGAUUGGUAAAAUUUAAUUGGACUCACAUGUGAUAAUGGCUAUAAAUAAUGUGGAAAUAUUUGUGUACCAAUUACUAAAAGAUGUCCCUUGUCAAAUCUAAUUAAACGUAAUAGUAGAUCUGAUGAGGAACAUUCAAUUCAAAUUGGAAAUCAUAUUUUUAUUAAAUAAUAUUAGGAUGCUGAUUCUGUUGUAGAUUUAUAAUUAGUACCUGGAUUAGGUUAAAGUUAAUCAUCACCUUGUUAUAACUAUGAAUUUAAUCCUAAAUUUUAAUCUGAACUAUAUUAUCCUUUUGCUAAAAGACCAGAAAAAGGUUGUGAUUAAUAUUUAGAUCUUCAAAAUCAUCGUAUAACAUUAGAUCAUUUUCAAAUUCAUAAAGUUUAUGAAUAAAAUGAUUUAAAUGAUCUUUUACAUUAAUUACCAUUUUAUCAAAGUUAUAUGGAUAACUAAGAUACAUAUUCAUUUUAAUUAAUUAAAAGAAUUAAAAUUAAUCCUAUUUAGGAAUGUAGAAAACUCAAACCAAAUCAAGUAGAUAAGAUUUCAGUAAGUAGUAGAAGUCUUUAUCAUACUGAAAAAUACUUAUCCUUUAUAAUAUUGUUGCUUACUGCAAUCUCAUUAUUUUUAAUACCCAUACUCUACUUAAUAAGAAAUAGAGUAUAUCUUAAUUUCUAUUUAGCUAUUUGAAUGGAAAGACAUGACAGAAUUCUAAUAACCCAGAUUCUUUUGUGGAGUUACUUUUUUAAUUGCUACACUCUGUGUCAUUUUAGGAGCAUUCUAUCUUUAUCAUGUUAAUGGUGAUGUAAUUUUAUACAAUAUAUAUUUUAGAAUGGAUUAAAAGAACAUAAUCAUUUAUUUUCUUCUUAUUUAGAAAAGAAUUGUUUCUAAGAUGAAGGAUUAAUAUUAGUAUAAUUUAAAUAUUAAAUUUAUAGGCAAUUAAUUAAGUAAAUACUUUUGCAAAAAAUGUGUAUCAUUCAACUUAUAAUUAUGUUGUGUUUGCAUUUUAUGGAAGUAUUUCUUUCAUGAUUAUAUUGGCUUUAUUUAUGCUUUUUUAAUUCUGUGAGCAUAAGAGUGUUUUUGAUAAUCCAUGGUAACAUAGAAACCAGAGAUAAUAUUAUGAAUUUUAUUGA